GCACGAGUAUAUUUUUUUUUCGUGCUUUAGUGCCCACUAACAGAAUAGUGAGUUGUCGAGUCUGUAAGCGAUGUAAAUCACAACGAAAGUCCCUAUUUUGUUUUCCUUUUCUUGGGAAAGUCACAGAGAUCAGUUCCUUGGGAUUUUCGCCCCAUUCAGGUUCAGCUUUGGUGAAUAAUACCGCCACUCGUUGCCCAGGAUGGGUGACAGUGUUACUGCACGACAUAGAGCAAUACCGGAUGAUAAAAUAUGUUUGCGGUUGAUCCUGGUAUCUGGCAAGACACAUGAAUUUUUAUUUUCACCCAGUGAUACAGCAUAUUACAUAACACAACACGUCUAUGAAAACUGGCCUGAAGGUUGGAAAGACGAAGCGGUCAGUUCCCAUAAUAUUCUUAAACUUAUUUAUCAUGGACGGUUUUUACACGGAAAUGUGUCUUUAGGAGCACUUAGCCUUGAGCCCGGAAAGCGCAGCGUGAUGCACCUUGUUGCAAGAGAAAACUUACCUGAACCUGCCACACAAGGUCAAAGAAAUCGUGAGAAAACAAGUGAACAAAGCUGUUGUUGUACAAUUGUUUGACUUUUAGUUUUACUGUUUAGAUGCUGAAGAGGUGAUCUACUCCAUAUGUUCACUUCAAUAGACUUGCCAUUAAAAUUUUUUAGAGUGUAACUCAACCAUAAUUUAGAUAAUCAGUGUGUACAUGCAUGUAAUUAUAUUUGUGAUUUAAGAAAAAAACUCAAAACACUUUUAUGAGCAAUUUUCAAUAUAGUGUCAAAAGUCAUCUUGGAUUGUAUUUGGUCUGCCUCACUUUACUCUGUGACCAGCCUAAAAACUCUUGUUACUCUUUUAACAAUCCUAAUUCAAAAUUAUAAAUAAUAGCCCCUUGAUUGCCUAAGUUUUCCUGUAUUUCUGGCUCAGUUGUUCAAAGGGCAGAUAACGUUAUUCAACAGAUAAAUUUCUUUCCAGUGAUUGAAUAUGUGUUGACAAAACACACCGCACAAUACACCAGGUACAGAUAUAUCCAGUGGAUAGGGUUAUCCACCUUUCCAACAAUGAAGGCCUGGUAGUCUGCUUCAAGUUCUCAUUGGCCACUUAUGAUUUUCUUAUUUGUCUCCAUCAGUCAUUGCAAUUUUGUAGCUUUGGCUUUUGGGACACUGGAUCAAAAAGUGCUCAAUUGGUUAAUUUAAAUAGGUCAAAUGAGAGAAGUCAUCAAAGACAUGAGUAAUAGUUGUGUUAGUAAUGGAAGAUAUUUUCUUCCUUUUUUACCAUAAUUUAUUAUGAUCAGUGAUCACUCAUAAGCUAAGAAAUAAUGGUUUUUUUAGUAAAUAUUUUUUUUAAUUUCAUGUUCUGGUCAAUACAUUGCUCUAAUUGUAAUUUAAAGUAAACUCUUUAGAUUUUCACUUGUUAUAAUCUGUUUUUCAAUUGUAAGUCACUACUAUAUUGGCAUAUACAUCUUUUGCUGCUGUGACAUGUCUCAAUCCCUUGUGACAAGUCAUGUUUUUCUCGGCAAGAGUCUCAAUUAGGCCUCAUCUAUGUUAUGUUGGAAAAUGGAAUAGUAAUUCUAUUUCCAAGGUCAGGCCAGCUGUCAUCUGCUCACCAAAAGCAGAACACUCUUCAAAGCAAAUAAAUUUGGAAACAGGAGACAACAUUUUCCAAGCUCUUCAAGAAGAAACACUUGCCUGCAAAACCAAGAAUGCAGGCAAGUGUUUCUUUUGGUAGUUUUUAUUGCAUUUUCAAUAAAGCAAACUUGCUUCUCCUUGAAGAGGUAUAGUGUUGCUUUCAAAUUUACCCAGGGCUGAGCAAACAUCACUCAUAUUAAUAUAAUUUCAAAGCUUUCUUCAUUGCAGCAAAAGUACUGCAUAAGAAAUCAAUUUUUAUGCAUAUAGAUCAAGAAAUUCUCUAAGGUUAAAAAAAUGUGCUCUACAAAUGUACUGGUUUUUCUAACUCCUGCCGGAGACAAGAUGCAUUCAACAAUGUUAAAAGGGUGUGCCCAAAAUUUAUAGUGAGAGGUGAUGGUUGGGUACUUGUAGGCAACACCAUGUUAACCAUUUUUGUUGUUGUGAUUCUUGUCACAUAUAGCAAUUUUUAAGCUCAACAAACCCACUAUACUCUGCCAUUAGGCAUCUUUUACCUAAUAACUUUACAAGGAGUUGUAGUUGCCAUGUGGCACUUAGAGACAGGAGAAGUUUUAGGGGCAAUACAAAUGUGUAAAUCACACGGGAGAUAUAGCAUGACUUUUUACUUAUCAAAAUGUUGUUAAGAUCAAAUUUCUCUUUCAAGAGUAUUCCAUGUCAUUUAAUAGCUUACACUAUGCCUUAUUUUUUACGUUGGUGUCACUGAAAAAGGCAAUCCAAUGAGUUGACUUAUUAUUUUGAUCAAUUUACAGUACUUCCAUUAUUUUAUGUUAAAGAGGGACACUGUUAGAAAUUUGUAUGUUAAGUUUGCCAUCUUCUGAAUUUAAAGAGAUGUUAAUUCAAAUUGUUCCUUGGUAUAGCAGAAGCUAAAGUAUGCUUUAGAUACCAUGUUGGGAUUUUGGUGCUGUUCAGUGUCAUGCUCUUUCUUUGCUUUAAAUCAUAUUACGAUCACAACCAUUUCUACCACUAAGAGACUCCUACAUUUUUUCAUUAUUAUUUCUUAGUUGCUUAACCACUGCAGUUUCAGUGAGGGUUUAAUUUUUAUUAGCUAUGUGCAAGGAAUUUCAUAACCCUCUGUAUUAUUCCCCUUUUCAGAUUUUCUAGUCACCUUUGAACUCCCAGAGGUAAUUACUAAGUUGAAAUAUACUUAAGAUAUGUUUUCAAACAAAAUGGAGCUUGGUAAUAUUCUAUUCAAGGUCUCAGAACUAGCUAACAAAAAAAAAGUGUUAUUUUCGGUUGGGAUAAUCUGUAGGGUAUAUCAGGUAAAAGUGUGCUUUCAUUCUUGGUGACUGUUUUUGCCUAUUGAGCAUAAAUAACUUAAAUUUUUUUAUAAAAAAAAUAGAUUUUAUUUUCUCACAUGUUUACCUCACCUUGUGUAAAUAUAUUAAAUAAACUGCUGAAUAAAAGGUCUUACUGCGUGUA